UCCCUCCCUGAGCACAGACCUCGUGGUGAGCUAUUCUCCGACUCAGCCAUAUUGAAAUAUUGAAUGUCUCUGUUACACAAGGGCUCAAGAGUAGCCGUGAAAUUUUCGUGUGAUCCUCGACGAAGAGAGGAUAAGGAUAAGUAUGGAAAGUAUGUACAGCAUUGCUGUGACAAACAAAUUCUCGUUAGCGUUGGGUGAUGAUGAGGAUCCACACGAAAAACUCCGAGAGGAAGAGCUUAAGAAAGAAGCCAGAAAAAAGGAGAAGCUCUCGGAGAAAGAAAAUAAGAGCAAGCAGUCUGACGCGCAGAAAGGGACUGGUAAUAAAACGCAAAAGAAUCGCGUGAUCAAAGAUUCUCAGCAACAACCGGCCAAGGUGCAAGACUCUAAGAAGGAUCAAGUACCAGAUAAAAAACCACCACAAUCAAGAAACAGUGGUGGAGAUCGUAAUGUUAAAUUCUCUGGAGAAACUAGAGAAGAGCGUAAUAACAGACGUAAUCGUGAAGAUGGUGAAAGGACGCCUCGCAAUCAGGGAGAAGUUAGGCGAGGACUUCCUGGCGAAGGGCGUGAAACUCGAGAGUUUAGGAAUUCUAAUGAUAAUCGUGGAGAAUAUGGAGAGCGCAGAGGUCGUGGUGGAAUGCGUGGAAUGGUGCGUGGACGUGGAGGUCCACGUGGCCGUGGUGGAUACGAUUAUCGUGGAAAACGUGAAUUCGAUCGUCAAUCUGGCUCUGACAAAACCAGGGGAGUUAAACCUGUGGAUAAGAAAGAUGGUGCUGGUAGCCAUAAUUGGGGUACACACAAUGAUGAAAUUGAAGAAAGUUUAAACCAAGAGAAUCAAGAUUGGGCUAACGAUAAACCUGAUGGAGAUGCCAAUCAAACAACCACAGAGAUAAAGGAUGGAGAGACACCUGCCGACGUAGUAGAAGAAAAACCAGUCGAAGAAGAAUCACGCGAAUUAACCUUAGAUGAAUGGAAAGCUUUACGUAAUAAUAGAGUGAAGCCUCAAUAUAAUUUGCGUAAAGCUGGAGAAGGCGAGGAUUUAACACGCUGGAAGAAAAUGUACGCACUGGAAAGAAAGAAGGAGGGAGUCGAUGAAGAGGAAGAGGAAGAAGAAGAAUAUGACGCAGCAGCUGAAUAUCCUCAGCGUGUUGGAAGACAGAAACGCGUUUUAGGUAUUGAAAUUCAAUUCAGUGAUUCACGACGUGGUUCUGGUGGACGUGGUCGGGGACGAGGUCGUGGAGAACGAGUGAAUAAUCGUGGAUUUGGUAAUCGUGGAGCUCCUAGAGAUGGAGACUCACGUGGUCCUACUUCACAAUCUGAGCAAAGGUCACCACGAGGACGUCAAAAUGCACCGAAAGUAGAUGACGAGAAUGACUUUCCUUCAUUAGGAUAGGUGGUUUCGUUUGUCGACAAUACAGCAUCCCACCAUUUCUGCUAACAUUGAAAUUAUUACCACAGAUAAAAUUACUACUAAUACUAAAAUUAUUACUAUCAACAUUUUUGCGUCAGUGACAACGUUAUUAAUGCAUAAUACAGUACACCCUUGCAAAAUGAGAUACGUAAUUUACAGACUCAAGUUUUAUGAUUAUUAUAUAUAUAUCCAUGAAUAUUCAGUCUUGUUCUUAAUAUCGUUCAUCCAUGAAUUAGCAUGAAAACAAACUGAAUUAUUAUAAGUACUGAAAAGGAUUAUGAUCUACAUUGUUUUUUAUCGUGCGAUGUUGAACAUGCCAAUAUAUAGAUAUAUAAUUUUAUGCCAAUGUGUUGAUAGUGCUACUGUUCAUUUGGAUAAAUCAUAUAUCGACAUAUUAUCAUGUCUAAUUUCGCAUAAUAAAAAACAAUUUAGAUCAUGGUGCUUUUUCGUGCUUGUAAUAACAGUUCGUUCGUAAUUUAUGUUUUAAUGCUUGUUCAUGAACAAGGCUGGAUAUUUAUGAACUUGUUUAAUAAUCAUAAAAUUAGAGUAUUAGACAAAAAAUAUGGCUGAAGGACUAAGCGGACCAGCAGGAAUAUAAAUAUCAAAAGAUAUUCGUUUUACAUAAUGUAGUUUGAAGUUGCUUAAAUUUGAGUCAAACAUAUAAUUCCAAGGGGAAAUAAACAAACAAAACAAAAUCCACCUGUAUGGCAGGAGGUGAGGCAGUUAAGCCUAGAUUUUAAUUUUGAUGUCGUAUAUUAAAGGCCUAAGGAGGCUGGCCAUAGCACCGACUCUUAUGAACACAUGUAUAAUAACUUGUUAGGCGGUAAAUUUUAAACAUUCUUUCUGUUUUAUAAUUUUUAUACGGUGUUUGGAGAAGCCUUCCUUGUAAUUGACAAGUUGUUACUUGUCGUGCAUAAACAUAAGAGACUUUUAAAAAGAAGUGUGUGUAUUUCUAUUUAAGAAAACAUUUCUGAUAUUAAAAACGUCUACUUAGGUAUAUGCUAAGUUUGGCUUAUGUAGAAGUAUAUAGAGAUUUUUCCUUUCAAAGAUGUAACCAAUCUGUAAGAAGUUAACAUUUAAGUAAAUAUUAGAGAGACACACAGACACAGAUAUACACAACUUUAUAUAUAUAUUGUAUAACGAGUUAAGAGAAUGGUCGAUACAUACGUUCAAAGAGACAAAUAGGGUAAAUCCAGUCUUUACAUAGUUACGUUGUACGUCGAUCAUCAUGUUCUUAAUUAUGACUUGAUAUAUUAGUUAUCUAUUGUAUUUGUUACAUGUAAAAUGAAGAAAUAUCACAGCCAAAAGAUCCAAACCCUCUUCAUAAACACGAAAGGAAAAAUAAAGAAAAAAUCGUUAUAAAGCUGUUUGAAGCUUAGGUAUAUGUGUAAAUAACAUGAUAUUUACAAUAAUAAAUCGUGACAUAUAAGUCACUUUAGACUUGACUACUUAAAUCAAUCGACUUAUGACGAGAUAUUCUAGAAAGGAUUUUUAUUUGCGCAGUGUGUAAAGAAUGUGAGUACAAAGGAGAUUAAAAACAAAAUAUGCGCACUAUCUUACAUCGAAGCCUUUUUGCCGCAACGCCAACGAAAAUGUUGGGCAUCACUGAAAGCAUGGAAGAGAAAAAAUGAGAGGUGCUGAACUCAAUAAAGUUAUGAGAUAAAUUUCA